CGCUUGCAGCUAUAAAACACUCCCAGGCUGCCUCGAGAAGCAGUACCAACGCAGACUCCGACAAACAUGCUCAACUCGGUGUUCGUGGUGUGCCUUCUGGCCUCUGCUGCCCUCGCCAUUCCUGGUGGCUACGGUGGCGGCGGACACGGCGGCGGUGGCGGUGGCGGUGGCGGCUAUGGUGGUGGCGGCUACAAUAGGCCCACCCCCUACGCUUUCGAUUACGGCGUCUCUGCUGGCUACAACAACUUCGGCCACAGCGAGAAGGGCAACGGCUACGGAGGCGUGCACGGUGGCUACUGGGUCAACCUUCCCGACGGCCGCGUGCAAAGGGGUGUCCUACGUAGCUGACUACAGCGGCUACCACCCAGUGGUGACCUACUCCGGCAAGGCCCACUACCCAGCAAGCUACGGAUAUGGCCAUGGCGGCGGCGGCGGCGGCGGAUACCACUGAGGACAUCACCACUGGAAGCACUGAUGGGGUUCUUCGUAUUAUAGAGUAAAUAAAACAUUCAAGUAAAA